GAAGACAGUUUUGAACAAAAGUUAUCGACUUUGUAAAGCCAUUUUUGGCAUCUCAAAAGGGGGAAAAAAGAGAAAAGUUUGUAACUUUUUCAAGAGUUUUUGUUAGCUAUGUAUUGGGGAGGCAUGGCUGGGAACAACAUGGGUUGGGGCAUGAAUAUGAUAGAGGAAGAAGGUUGGAGGAAGGGUCCCUGGACUGCUGAAGAAGACAGAUUGCUUAUUGAAUAUGUUCGGCUUCAUGGUGAAGGCAGAUGGAAUUCUGUCUCUAGGCUUGCAGGAUUGAAAAGAAAUGGGAAGAGCUGCAGAUUGAGAUGGGUGAAUUAUUUGAGGCCUGACCUCAAGAAGGGUCAGAUAACACCUCAGGAAGAGAGUAUCAUUCUUGAGCUGCAUGCUAGGUGGGGAAACAGGUGGUCAACAAUUGCAAGAAGUUUACCAGGAAGAACCGACAAUGAGAUUAAAAACUACUGGAGGACUCAUUUCAAGAAGAAGGCAAAAAAUUCUCCUGAUUCUGCUGAAAAAGCAAAAAAUCGCCUCAUAAGGAGACAACAAUUUCAGCAGCAACAACAGCAAAUGCAGCAACAUCAGCAACAACAACAGCAGCAGCAGCAGCAACAACAACUGCAAUUUAACUUGGACAUCAAAGGGAUUAUGGCUCUCCUGGAGGAAAAUGAUCAUAGAGUGGCUAUGCCUUGGAGGCAAGAAAUGUACCAGAACACCAUGGAAGAACAAGGCUGCUUCUACUCUAUGCUCAAUGGCAAUGCCUCUGCAUCAGAACCUUCAAAUGAUGAUACUUUCUGGGAUGGCCUGUGGAACUUGGAUGAUUUUCAUGGAAAUUUCAGUGCAGCAAGCAAAGCCAAUCUACACAAUUUAGUUGCCCCCUUCUGCUAGAAGUUUAUUGUCUGCCUAAGUUCUCCUGAUUAGCUUAGUCAUAUUCUAGGGACAAAACUGUGAUAAAGUUUCACGAGGGUUUCACUUUCAAGUUCUCUAAAUAAGGUGCAAUAUGUGGACAACUUUACAAGCUUGGACCACAUUUUUAACUCUUUUCAAAAAUGGUAGUUCUAAUGGAGAACUUGUAGCAGACACUUGAAAAUGAUAUCUAAGUUUAAAUAUGGGACGGGAAAGCUCCAAAAACCAGGAGCUUUGGAGUUUGGAUUAAUUGUAUUGUGGUGUGAACUUAAGGAAGCAUAUAGUACUCCCAAGGCAGGUUAUUUGUCAGUGAAGUGUAUUGAUUUUGCUUUUAAACUGAAAUGAACUUUGCUUUAUUGCUUUAUUGAUUGUUUUUAGAUAU